CUAAAUAGAUUUUCCCUGAGUCACCAAAAGUCUGGCCAAGAAAGCGGGAUGAGCAAACAGCAUCACCCACGCGGCCGGCCAGACGCCGGACAUGCGAAAAUUGCACACGCGACACAUGCUGGGGACCUGCCCCGGGGCGCCAAACGGCAGCUUUGGACCCCAAAAUCUCCACCACAUCCCAAUUGAGACGUGGGUUUGGUACAACUCGGAGCAGCUUCUCUGCCAUCACCCCAAUUUCGUCAGCGCUGGGAGGAAGAGGAGGGUGGCUGCAGGGGGAGGUCUUUUUUGCUGGAGGGAGGAAGCUGAGUCUCCCAGUGGGUUUUGCAUUCCCACACUGAGCACUGGUGUUUUUUUUUUUCUUUUCGGAAAAAAAAAAACCAGGAGCAUUUUACGCCCCGAGCAGGACCGGCGGCAGCAGCAGUGUUUUCCGGCCCGCCAUCGUUCCUGGAAACACUCUGGGUUUCAUUUUCGUGGCUGAGCAGCUGCCGCAGGAAGACGGAAGCCACGGCAGAGCCUGCAACCCGCCCCAAAAGCGGCUCUUUCUGGAGGCUGGCAGCCACGAUGCCCCGUGGAUGGGGAUGAAGAGCUGCUCUUGCACCCAGCCGGGGGGGGACCCUCACUGCUGGCAGCAGUUUUUGGCUGGCAGGGCCGCCCCGGGCAGGGCCGGCGGGGCAGAGGAUGCCGGGCAGCUAGCCCAGGACACCUCCCCGGCGGGCGGGGGGGACCCGUGCGUCCCCAUGGAGAUCCGACGCGCUUUGCCCCAGGAUUUUCGGGAGCUGCUGCACUGCGUGAAGAUGAGGAGCAAGUACGCCAUCCUGCUGGUCUUCGUCGUUGGCCUCGUCAUCAUCGAGAAGGAGAACAACUUCAUCUCCAGGGUAUCGGACAAGCUGAAGCAGUCCCCGCAGGCGCUAGCGGAGGCCAACGGCACGGAGGCCAGCCCGGCGCCGGCCGAGAACGGCUCGCUGGCCUCGCUGCGAGAGCUGGAUGCCGCCUUCUCCCGGCUGAGGUCCCACCUGCGCAACGUCACCCUGCAGCUGGCAGGCGACGAGGACCCUGGGCCGCGGCGGCACGUCCUGCUGAUGGCCACCACCCGCACCGGCUCCUCCUUCGUGGGGGAGUUCUUCAACCAGCAAGGCAGCAUCUUCUACCUCUUCGAGCCCCUCUGGCACAUUGAGAGGACGGUGACCUUCGAGCCGGGGGGAGCCAACGCGGUGGGCUCGGCCCUGGUCUACCGGGAUGUCCUCAAGCAGCUCCUCCUCUGUGACCUCUACAUCUUGGAGAGCUUCAUCUCACCAGCGCCCGAGGGCCACCUGACGCCCUUCAUGUUUCGGCGAGGUUCGAGCCGCUCGCUCUGCGAGGAGCCCGUCUGCACACCCAGCUCCAAGAAGGUCUUUGAGAAGUACCACUGCAAGAACCGCCGCUGCGGCCCCCUCAACAUCACCCUGGCUGCCGAGGCGUGCCGGCGCAAGCAGCACGUCGCCCUGAAGACGGUGCGCAUCCGGCAGCUGGAGUUCCUGCAGCCGCUGGUGGAGGACCCUCGGCUGGAUGUGCGCAUCAUCCAGCUGGUGCGGGACCCCCGGGCCGUCCUGGCUUCCCGCAUAGUGGCCUUCUCCGGUAAAUACGAGACGUGGAAGAAGUGGGCAUCCGAAGGGGAGGCUCCUCUCCGUGAGGAGGAGGUGCAGCGGCUGCGGGGCAACUGCGAGAGCAUCCGUCUGUCGGCGGAGCUGGGGCUGCGGCGGCCGGAAUGGCUGCGGGGUCGCUACAUGCUGGUACGCUACGAGGACGUGGCGCAGGCGCCCUUGCAGAAGGCAGAGGAGAUGUACCGCUUCGCCGGGCUCCCGCUAACCCCCCAGGUGGAGGAGUGGAUCAGCAAAAACACGCAGGCUCCCCGCGACGGCAGUGGCGUCUACUCUACCCGCAAGAACUCCUCCGAGCAGUUUGAGAAGUGGCGGUUCAGCAUCCCCUUCAAGCUGGCGCAGGUGGUGCAGGACGCCUGCGCCCCGGCCAUGCGCCUCUUCGGCUACAAGCUGGCCAGCAGCCCCGCCGCGCUGGCUAACCGCUCCUUCAGCCUGUUGGAGGAGGCACAGUCCUCCUGGGUCACAUAACAGCGGCGGGGGGAACGGUGCCGGGGGGGGGGAAUAAGGGGCUGCGGCCGUGCUCCCGGCCAGCCCAGAGAAGACCCGGGGGUUCCUGCUCCCGGAGAUGCUCCUCGCUGCUGCCGGGUGGAAAUUGGCAGCCCUGGGAGCUGGAGCAUCCUGGCAGAGCCGAUCCCGGGGUCCUGCAGAGCCUGAAUUAUCCAAUUUCUCCAGGGACGGGGAAAUCACAAGGCUGAGGAGCGGUGGGGAAAAGCAGGGGGGUCGACACCAGAGCCAUCUCCCUGGCUUGGGGGCUGCAUCGAGGAAGAGGAGGGUGAGGGCGAGCAGAGGGCAACAGGACCAAGCACCUCUGCGUUGCCACCCCCCCCAGCUAGGAUGAGACAAGGACAAGACCCCCGUGGUGCCAGCAAGGGCCCAGAAGCCUUACUGGUUUAGUGCCUUCAUACACCAGCACGGACUGGGAACAGCCCCAGAGGCAUGCCGGGGCAGGAGUCUCCCGUGGAGCCCCGGCCAACGCUUGGGCUGCAAUGAAAUGAGGUGACUUUGUAGUUUGGUGCUCUUCAAAGUUGGUUUGGGGUUGGGAUUUUUUUGGUGGUUUUUUGGUUUUUUUUGUUUUUUUUUUUUUUUUUUGCCUGUGUAUUUGCAUACCAGGGUCAUCAGGCAAAAUUAUUUAUUUAUUACGUGAAAGAGGGGGAAGGCAGGUCAAGGAGCUAAUUCCAAAAAUCUAAACAGCACAACGUACCGCAAAGAAACAGAGAAACGCCCAGAGCCGAGGUGGCGGAGACCGCCACGUGCCCUGCCGCACAAUCCCGGGAGAGCCCCCGGGGACCAAAGGGCUAUAACCCCCCCCAAAUCCCCACAGAGCACGGCCGGGGCUGCACCCACCUCACACGGGAGCGACUGCAAACCUCGGCGCCUGCUGGAAGAUGGUCGGACUUAUUUAAUUAAAAACAAAAUACAACAGCUCA